ACACACACACACACACGUGGGUGAGAGCGCCGGAUCCACGAGCCGAUCCUUCUGUUCUUUUCCAGAAAAUCUGGAAUUUUUGACAAACCUGCAACAAAGCCGAGAACGCACGUGAGACAUAACCAGCGGCGAACAGCUGGAAUCCGCGCGCAUGCGCGCAAUCAGCAGCUACUCUUCUUUUUGAAGUGAACGGAACUGACGUCAUGCGAUUUAUGUUGUCUAGUCCGGUGUGUGUGUGUUUAUGUGUGUGUAUGUGUGUGUGUGUUUAUGUGUGUGUAUGUGUGUGUGUGUAUGUGUGUGUGUGACCGGUUGGUCACAUGAAGGCGGCAUCUGGAAUUUGUUCUUCGCGCGCACCUCUCACUGACGUUUAACUUGGACGUGACUGUAAGUUAGGCUUUUGCGUGCACGUGAAAGAGGAGGAAUACAUUUAACGCAGCGUGGACACACCCGCGGCAUAUGAUCCCCACGAAACUUGUGCCAGAGAAGCCGACCUCUCUGAGUUUUGGGUCCAACCCCUCGCAACUCGACUACACCUAUUGCCUCCGGUCAUUUAAAUCUUUAGAGUGACAGCUCGCGCACGAGAAACGUUUUUAGCAUUUGAUCCUGGGAGGAGAGGAGAGGAUUAGAGAGGACACUUCAGUGCUUCAGGGCAGUGCAGCCGUUGUAGACUUGCAAGUUUUAAACGAGGGAAAACUCGAGAUCUUUUAGACUCAUCUUUGAGGAUCUGGUAUCCUACAAGAUAGACAAUUGACCCAGAAUUGUGAACAUGGCAUCAUUGUGGCAUGUGAUGCUCUGGAGAUGGUCACUGGUUCCUUCAUUCCUGGUGCUUUGUCUGUGUGGGACACACACAUUUGGAGAUGAUGACUUUAAUGCAGAGUCCUGGCUCCGGAUGUAUGGAUACCUCCCUCAGGCGAGUAGGCAGAUGUCCACUAUGCGAUCGGCUCAAAUCCUGUCCAACGCCAUCAGUGACAUGCAGAGAUUCUAUGGCCUGGAGGUCACAGGAGAGAUGGAUCCAGGAACUAUAAAAGCCAUGAAGAGGCCUCGUUGUGGGGUUCCGGAUAAGUUUGGAGGUCAAAUCAAGACUAAUGUUCGCAGGAAACGUUAUGCCCUCACUGGCCACAAGUGGGACAAAACCCACUUGACCUUUAGUAUACAGAACUAUACUCCUAAGAUUGGGGAGUACGACUCGUACGAAGCCAUUCGUACAGCCUUUAAGGUGUGGGAGAAGGUAACACCUCUGACGUUCGAAGAAAUUCCCUAUUUAGAGGUCAAAUAUGGCCGGCGAAAGGAACCUGACAUCAUGAUCUUCUUCGCCUCUGGUUUCCAUGGUGACAGCUCCCCGUUUGAUGGCGAGGGUGGCUUCUUGGCACAUGCCUAUUUCCCUGGUCCAGGGAUGGGCGGUGACACGCACUUUGACUCAGACGAGCCCUGGACAAUUCGAAAUGAGAAUUUGCAAGGAAAUGAUCUGUUUCUGGUAGCAGUGCAUGAGCUGGGUCAUGCUCUAGGUCUGGAGCACUCCAAUAAUCCUUUGGCUAUUAUGGCUCCCUUCUACCAGUGGAUGGACACAGAGAACUUCCAGCUUCCAGAGGACGAUCUCAGAGGCAUUCAGCGGAUCUAUGGACCUCCUCACAGUUCCCCAACUCAGGCUCUUCCCACUGUGACCCCUCGCCGUCCCAACCAGCCUAAGAACCCACCAGGAGCCCCACCACGUCAGCCAGAUCGACCACGCACCACUGACCGCCCUGAACAGUAUGGCCCCAACAUCUGUGAGGGCAACUUUGACACGGUCACUGUGCUCCGUGGAGAGAUGUUUGUUUUCAAAGGUCGCUGGUUCUGGAGGGUUCGAAGAAACCGCGUACUGGAUAAUUACCCCAUGCCCAUCGGCCACUUUUGGAGAGGCCUUCCAGGAGACAUUGAUGCAGCAUAUGAGAGACACGAUGGCAGAUUUGUCUUUUUCAAAGGGGAUCAUUUCUGGAUUUUCCGGGAGGCCAUCCUGGAGCCAGGCUACCCUCUGGAGCUGGUAGAUUAUGGCCGGGACAUUCCUUAUGACAAGAUAGAGACGGCCAUCUGGUGGGAACCGUCAGGCUACACCUACUUAUUUAAGGGAGACAGGUACUGGCGUUUUAAUGAGCAGUCGCGUGCAGUGGACCGAGACUACCCUAAACCAAUCAGUGUUUGGGAUACGUCAGUACCCACAUCUCCCAAGGGAGCUUUCCUCAGUGAUGAUGGAGCUUACACAUACUUCUACAAAGGCAGCAAGUACUGGAAAUUCGAUAACCACCGGAUGAAGAGUGAGCCUGGAUACCCCAAAUCCAUCUUGAGAGACUUCAUGGGUUGCAACGUGGACUUGGAUCCUGACCGAGACACAGACGUGGACCCGGGACGGAAAUGGCCCGACAGACCGCCCUUCAACCCGGACGCAGGCAGAGACAAGGACAAGGAGAAAGAAAAGGACAAGGAGAAAGGAAAAGACAAGGACAAGGAGCAAGAUCGCACCAACGAUGUGGACACCAAGGAGGCAACAGAAGAGGGGACGAACGAGGUGGACGUGGUGCUGAAGAUAGAUGAAACAGAGCGCACCAUGAAAAUCAUCAUGGUGACUGUGCCGCUGAUCCUGGUGCUGUGCAUCCUGGCGCUGAUCUACGCCAUCAUCAACACGCUGCAGAGGAAAGGGGCACCCAAGUACUUUCUGCACUGCAAGCGAUCCCUGCAGGACUGGGUUUAACUUGGACUCCUCGUUUUCAACUCUGACCUCUGAACCCUUGACCCUUCCCAUUCAUCCAUGUCGUUUUUCAUCUUCCUAAUAUAUUUAGAUUGCACACACACUCACACACCCACCUUAUACUCUGUUAUCCCAUGGUGCUGUCCUAAUACAUUGACUGUAGUCUAUUUAUAUGAGAGUUUGCACAUCUGUUAUUGUUGUUUUCCUUCCUUUCAUCAUGGUUUUGUUUUUCUCCCCCCCUUUUCAUUCAAUUGUGCACAUUUC